AGUAGCGCUGCUGUUACACUGUAACCUCCUCCGGCAUAACAAACACAAAACUAUCAGCAGCUCCCAGUCCUGCAACACUCAACAUACAUUACUGCGUACACAGACGAGUUUCCUGCACACAGAACGCGCUAUAUCGCGGGAUAUCUAAGGAGAAUUAAGAUGAAAGACUGGUGUGGUCUUCACCCCUUGGCCAAAACUGCUGCUAUUUUACAUGCAGCCUAACUAAUAAGCACCAAUGCACACUAUGGCAACAAUCGGUCCAUGCUCGGAUGCAGAGGACCUGUUGGUAUCUAUCCACCUCGAGAGGUAUCUAAACCACUUCCGUCAGGCUGGCUUUCUCCUCGCCCGAGACUUCUGUCAUGUGGACAAUUCAGCACUGGACAGGGUGGGAGUCACUGCCACCGGCCACAGGAAACGGAUCCUCAAACUGGUCGAGCACAUUCAAAUGAUCUGCCAGCAUCAAAGGAAAGAGCCACUUGUAGAUCGUUGUAAUUCAGAAUCUGACAUUCACCGGGUGACCCCUGACAACGCAGAGCCUCUCGGCCCUUCAGGACAUACUGUGACCUCCUUUGAAGCCUUUCGUAACAGCUCCGCCCCAAAUCUAAGUGCACAAGUGAGGCGUUCAUACUCCGAGUGCAGCACCAAAGUCAUAAAGCCGGUACCAAAACCAAGAACUGUCUUCCACAAACUAAGACAAGAACAGUUUUCUUCACCAACACAAGACGACGCACAGCCUUUCCGAAAGUCCUCUCAACGUCCACAUUCCUUGAAAGCUUUAGAAAGUAAUAGUUUGUUUUUUACUACAUCCAAAACAGACACUGUUGAAUCAACAUCUACUGAAACAAAGCAGGCACUUCGUGAACCAAGUUUGAGUAUAACCACUUUGGUUCAAGAGUCCGGUGGACCAUUACCCCCAGUACCCCCCAGGUUAAAUCGAGGAGUUCCUCUUUCCACAUUAAAGAGUAUGUCAGACCAGGACAGACUCAGCACCUCGACUCUCUCUACCUCCCCUGACUCCCCCUGUAAUUAUUUGUGUUCACCCUUUACUAACACACCUGGUUCACCCCCAAGUCCCCCGUGCUCAGGGUUAGAGAUGGUCUCCAAUGAAAUCUACUGUGGCACUUUACCAGGCACUCCACCACGCAUGUCUUGGAGUCGCUCUUUACCCGUUCCCCCUCCACGGCAGGAGGUCAGCCCAUCUACUGAAAAUCAUAGCACUUUAGAAAAGAACAAUUCAUUUGAAACAUCUUCAAGAAUGUCUGCACCUGCUGAGGAUGACGAUGAAAUGAUCAACCCAUACUGUGAAACAGUUUUUCAAAGCAGGAGACAAUAUCCACAUUCAGAGGUUGAGAGGACCAAAAUGGAGGAAACUACAAAUGAUGAUAAACUGAAGGAUGGGCAACAAAAUCAUUCAUGGCUGAAGCGUCUUGAUUCUCCAGGCUACUGUACGGUGGGUCAGCCUGCCCCAUCAGCCCAUUCGUUUUCUCUUCCUUCAACCUUCUACUCUAAUGAAGCGGAUGAAGACCACAUGAUCUCUCCAUACGCCAGCUUCACCUCACUGUCCGAGCGGGCGGCACCCAUUCUGAGCGGCUGGUUGGACAAACUCUCUCCCCAAGGAAACUAUGUGUUCCAGAAGCGAUACGUGAAGUUUGAUGGGAAAAACUUGAUGUACUACGGUAGUGAAAAGGACGUUUAUCCCAAAGGUGUGAUUCCUGUAGCUGCCAUACAGAUGGCCCGCUUAGCCAAAGACAACAAAUUUGAGGUCGUGACGAAUCACAGGACAUUUGUCUUUCGUGCUGAAAGUGAUGUCCAGAGGAGCAAAUGGUGCAGCACUUUGCAGGAGCGAGUCAAGGAGCAGCUGGUUUUCGGUCGCCCACGUUUUGGCCCUGGCAGUCACUGCCAAAAGAGCGGCUUCCUGGAGCUCAAAGGAACCAAGUCAAAGAUUUACACUGCCAUUAUAAUGGAGCAGAUCUGGCUGUACAAGAGCGAACAGUGCUUUAAGAACGGGAUUGGAAUUACGGUAAUUGAGGCCAGAGGUGCUACAAUUCGUGACGGGAAGGGCAAGAGCUUUGAUCUCAUUACACCUUAUAAAACCUUCAGCUUUACAGCGGAUUCAGAUCGAGAGAAGAGGGACUGGAUGGAGGCGAUGCAGGAAUCUAUAGCAGAAACCUUAUCUGAUUAUGAGGUGGCUGAGAAGAUCUGGUCUAACAGAUCCAACAAGAUCUGUGCCGACUGUAAAGCCAUCAAUCCAGACUGGGCGUCCAUCAAUCUCUGUGUGGUCAUCUGCAAGAACUGCGCAGGCCAGCACAGAGGUCUUGGCACAAUGGUGUCGAAAGUGCAGAGUCUGAAACUAGACACCAGCGUGUGGAGCAAUGAGAUCGUUCAGCUCUUUAUAAUGCUCGGCAAUGACAGAGCCAAUGAAUUCUGGGCGGCCAGACUUUCUGUGACUGAGGAGCUGGACUGUGAUGCCUCCCCUGAACAACGGAGGGAAUUUAUCAUCCACAAGUAUCGGGAGGGAAGAUACCGCCACCCACAUCCCAGUUUUAGCACCCAAGAGGAGCUUCUUAAGACCUUGUGCACGGCGGUGACCGAGCAGAACUUGCUGAAAACCGUCACUCAGAUUUUCGCUGAAGCAGAGGCGGUGAGACUCUCCAACGCUAAUGGAAACGACAAACGUGUGUCUCCACAUUACUCAUACACACAGUCUGCAGAUUCCUGUGUAUAUGAUGAGAUCAUGCAGGCCAUCCUGUACUCUGGCUACCUCUACAAGUCAGGCUCUCUUAACAAAGGCACAUUAUCUAGAAGAACCAGAGACGCAGAUUUUCAGAAGUACUGGUGUUCGGUGGAGAAGUCCAUCCUGUUUUAUGAAUCCGACAGAUGUCAUGAGCCCAGUAUGAAGAUCGAUGUUAAAGACAUCAUCUGUUUAGGCGUCAGCAGGCCAGACUCCAGCAACAACAGUGGCUUUAUUGACAAGUUUCGAUACACUUUUGAACUCUGCCUGACGUCCGAUAAAGUGAUCCAGUUUGGACUGGAGACUCCGGACGCAUUGCACAGUUGGGCGAGAGCAAUCGGGAAGGCCACCACCCCUCUCAGCUGUCACUGCCUGCUGGCGAGAGAGUUCGAGCGGGUGGGUGUGCUGCGCUACAAGGCCAUGCUCGACCCUCAACAGUGGAAAGAAGGCUUCUUUGUUCUGCAGAAGUCCAACCUGUUCAUCUGUCCUGGAAAUGACGGAGCCGCCGAGGAUAUUAUAAACCUGAAACGCCUACAGGAGCUCAGCAUUGCAUCGGAAACAGAGAACCAUGAGAAGAAGGACAUUCUGGUUCUUGUCGAGAAAGGAAGGACUCUGCACCUGCAGGGCAUGGGCCGGACAGAUUUCUCUCUUUGGUACACCGAUAUCCAGAAAGCUGCAGGAGGUAAAGGGAACACCCUAAAAGACCAGCAGCUCAGCAGAAACGACAUUCCCAUCAUCGUAGACAGUUGCAUUGCCUUUAUAACCCAAUACGGUUUGGGACAUGAGGGUAUAUACAGAAAAAACGGUGCAAAGUCUAGAAUCAAGCUUUUGAUGGAAGAGUUUCGUAAGGAUGCCAGAAACGUGAAACUCCGAAUUGGAGAUAACUUCAUCGAGGAUGUGACUGACGUAUUGAAGAGAUUCUUCAGAGAAAUUGAUGAUCCCAUAUUCAUGGCUGAUCUUCACCCUUUCUGGAGGGAAGCUGCCAAGAUCUCUCAGAAGCCACAGCGAUUGGACAGAUACAAAGAGUUGAUUCGAGGUUUACCGCGGGUCAACAGAACGACAUUAGCAACACUCAUCAGUCACCUCUACAGAGUACAGAAGUGUGCAGAUCUGAAUCAGAUGUGCACCAAGAACCUGUCACUGCUGUUUGCUCCCAGCCUGUUUCAGACUGACGGCAAAGGAGAACAUGAGGUCAAGAUCAUAGAAGACCUCAUUGAUAACUACUUGUAUAUCUUUGAUAUUGACGAAGAGCAUCAAACACAGAUUGAACUGGAAAUCAGUUUGAUCACCACCUGGAAACACACACAGUUAUCACAGGCAGGGGAUUUGAUUAUUGAGGUUUAUCUAGAGGAAAAAAUACCAGACUGCUGCAUCACACUCAAAGUUUCCCCCACAAUGUGUGCUGAAGAGCUGACCAAUCAGGUGCUGUUCAUGAGAAAUAUACCAGCGGGAGAGAAAGAUGUGUGGAUGACAUUUGAGGCCAUUGAGGAUGGAGAGCUCGAACGACCUCUUCAUCCCAAAGAGAAAGUAUUGGAACAGGCCCUGCAGUGGUGUAAAAUGGCUGAUCCCAGCUCUGCGUAUCUGGUGGUGAAGAAGGUGCCCAGAGGAGAAGCAAUAGACAUUUUCACAGCCUACAAGAGUGAGAUAGUGAAGUCUGGAGUACUGAAGUGUCGUGAAGAGCCGCCCAAACUCCUGCAGGGAAACAGAUUCCAUGAGAGAUUGUUCCAAAUCAAAGACCACAAACUCCUAAUGAAGGACAAGAAAAGCAUCAAGACAGAGAAAGAGUGGCAACUGAAGACCUUAAAGAUAUACAUGGGGAUAAAAAAGAAACUAAAACCGCCUACAAAAUGGGGGCUAACAGUACUAUUUGAUAAACAGCAAAUGUGUCUCAGCUGUUCCUCUGAAACUGAAUUAUGGGACUGGAUGACCAAUUUACUAAAAGCACAGAACGAUGACCUGCGUCCACCCGUCAUGAGACGGCACUCUUCCUCUGACAUUUCCAAGCAGAAAUUCGGCACCAUGCCACUGGUGCCCAUCAGAGGAGAGGAGAGCAAUACCAACUCUACCAUGCUCUCAGCCAAUCAGACUCUGAGAAAGCUUCACACAAGAAGGGCCCUCUCAAUGUUUUUCCCCAUGAAGAUACAGCACGACUCAUUUGAAGAGCGAAUUGAAAGUCUCCCCGAGCCUUUGUAUGAGGAGGUGGGCGAUUUCGGCCUGCAGGUGCUCAAAUCUUUGGAAACUAGUUUCCUGUCCAGUGCCCAUGCUGAGACUCAGGAGGUGCCAGCACGCCCCGUCAGCCUCGGACAGAGAAAGACGGCCUCCCUGGAUCGCAUGGUUGGGUCCAACUCAGCUCAGACUUUGAGCGGUGAAAGUACCUUGUCCUCUGGUGAAUCUAUAGAUUUUCUGGGACAAGAGGAGUCCAGUGACUCUCUGUCGGUCACAGACAGGCACAGGUCCCGUAGGUCAUGUAGUCCCGAACAAGAAUUGCUCUUACAUGAACUCUCCACUUUGUUCACUAAGAAAUUAGAGUCUAAGGAGCAACACACUACUGAGAACUUUUAAUGAAACCACAGAUCAUUAGAAAAGUUGGACUAGAUUUGUCCCUUAAGAUCAACUUGAAUCUUCUGUUAUUAAAUUGUAUUUUAUCAGAUUGAAAUUGGAUUGUAAGAAUGCAGUAUUAGCAUGAUUUGAUUAUUGUGCCAAAGAAGUCAAUUUAGAUUAAAAUAAAAGUUUGUGAAACUGUGCCAUAAUUGUUUUGUAUAAAUGGGUUACCUUUUUUUGUCAUGUGCCAUUUGAAGGUUUUGUUCUCUUUAUUAUUUGUACUUAUUGCAGUUCUUUUAAAUUGAGUUACUGUUUCUAAAUCUGUUUCUUGGCUUAGUAACACAAUGUUUUAUUCUGUAUGAAACAUACAUUUUUAUGAAUGUUAUCUGUAAUUCAUAAACUGUGGUCUCACAGAAAGCUUUAACAUUGGUGUCCUUGAACUGCAUACAGAAGAUCAAAUGACUACUGCUUGGGGACCUCGAUUUGUUUUUAUAUGUAUACGGUUUAUUGUAUUUAUUAAAUUAUUUAUAUAGACUGUCUGAAGAAUUCUGAAACACACAAGUGUUUGGAAACAAUGAAGGAAUUUGAUGAAGUAAAAUGACUGGAAAUGUUUUCAGGACUGAGCAAUAGAGGGCAGUAUAGAUACAGCACACAUGAUGUUUUGACAAUCUAAAGCAUUUUCUUUGUACAGAUUUACACUUCUUUUACAGGCAUUUAUUAAAGGAAUGUACAGUGCUAUAAGUCUAAUAACAAAAUAAAUAUGUUGUCCUA